AUGAGUUUCGUGGACCAAGCUAGUCCUAAGAAUGAGAUCAAGUUUGAGCAAAAACCAUUGAUAAAAUCACUCCAAGACUUGAAUAUAGUCGAGUCGUGGAAAGAUGGAAAGCUGAAAUCCACUACCUUCUACCAUGUCACCGAAAACGAGGAGGUUUUCUUUGGCUACACCUCAAAGAACAAGCGUGAGACGAGCAUCCCAGAAUUCAAUUCAGCUCUGCAGCGCGUCCAGGAUCAAGAUAUUUAUCCAACAAUUCCCGCCGACACCCACUUGACACUUGCACCGGAAGGAUUAAGCGCUUCGUCAGUUUACGUGAAACGACCAGGCCUACAGUGGUACGAGGAAAUGAUUGGCACAGAUUAUCUCCCCAAGGCCGUUCUCGACGAGACAAUGGUGAUGGAGCAAAUCUCACAAUCGCCUCACGAAAACAUAAUUCGAUAUUACGGCUGUCGGGUGAGACGUGGUUACAUCACGUCGAUUGUGCUGGAGCGGCUUGACCAAACCCUGAGCCAGUAUGUCACGACGUCCGAUUUUCAAGAGCUCGACAAAGUCAAGUUUUUCGAAUCGCUCAAGUCGGCCGUGGAGCACCUGCACACCUUGGGGCUGGCUCAUAACGAUAUCAACCCGGAUAACAUUAUGGUGAAGAAUGGGUCGCCGGUGUUAAUUGACUUUGAUUCCUGUCAGCCUUUUGGGAAACGGUUGCAGUCUUUAGGUACGGAGGGAUGGUAUGAAGAGGUGUUUUAUACUUCUGAGAAGAAACAUGACAUAUAUUCCCUUGAGAAAUUACAGGAAUGGCUUCAGGCUGCUAAGUGA